AUGUGCAGUGUACUUCAAUCUGUGAUUAUCUUCUUGGCAAAAUUCGUUUAUCAUGAUCUGUUUUUUCGUCUAGGUGCUGGAAAGUCAUCACUUCUUCAAGCUCUCUUUCGGCUUGUGGAUCAGUCAGCAAUCAACGGAACCAUUCUCAUCGACGGCAUCGAUAUUGGAUGUCUUUCACUCGAUCAUCUUCGUUCUCAUCUAAGUGUUAUUCCACAAGUCCCGAUACUAUUUUGUGGUACACUGCGAUACAAUAUUGACCCAUUCGAACAAUUCUUAGAUGAGGAAUGUCUUGCAGCACUUGAAGCUGUUCAACUCAAACAAUUGGUGCGCAACCAUCCAGAUGGACUCCAUCUGUUGGUAACUGAAUCUGGCACUAAUUUGAGUGCUGGCGAACGCCAACUGGUUUGCGUAGCUCGAGCUAUUCUGAAGAGGAGCCACAUAUUGAUUAUUGAUGAGGCUACAGCAAAUGUUGACCAUACGACUGACAGGAUGAUUCAAGAAGUUAUUGCUGACAAGUUUCGUGAUCGUACCAUAUUGACGAUUGCACAUCGAUUGAAUACAAUAGCCAAUAGUAAUCGUAUUCUUGUGUUAGAACAGGGAGAAGUAGCCUAUUUUGAUGUUCCCAAUAAUAUCGAUCUAUUCCAAGGUUAUACAGAAAAUUAA